CCGCAACCUUUCUCUUUCUUGUGUGUUUGCACAGUCCGGCAAGCCGAUUCACUGUUUCGGCGCGUCCAUCACGCAAAAAAAGUUUCUAAAACACAACCUCCGCUCUCCCCACGCAUCGACUCUCCCCGCGAACGCCAUGUCCCACUCCAAGCCACUAUGGCUUGUCCAGCCUUGUUUGGAUGCAUCUGUCUAUCGCGAGUCGCUCAUCGGGAGCAUCGUCAAAUACCCCGAUAUGCCCUCGGAGCGCCAUAUUCCUUACCGAUCGAAGGCUCGCCCCAAGGAUAUCCUCGCCGACCUUGACCCGGCUGCCGUGCAGGUGCGCAAUGUCGAGUUCUGGAGGUCCAAGAUCAAAGACGGCCACAUCAAGGCUGCCGUCAACGAUAUCUUCAAGCUCAUGGGCGAGCUGAACAACAAGGAGACACAUAGCAACAAGGCCACUGUGGCGCGUAUGUGGCAUAUGGACUCUCCUGGCGAAAAGUUCAAGACGCUGCUCCAGAAUAAGGAGUACUUUGAGGAGGCGUUUGAGCUGCUCCGCGAGAACCAUGGCGAGGGUUACUUCAUCUCCGACAUUGUCACCUUUGUCAACCUCGAGAUUGCUGAUAACAAAAGCAGCUCCAAGACUGGUGACAUCUCUGCACAGAUUCCUGUCGAUCCCAGCACGGGCAUCAACGUUGGGGGCGGCACGGGCAUUGUAGUUGUCAAGGAGGACAAGUUUUCGGCGUCGUUUGAGGGCGAGCUCAUUGUGUUUGUUGGCUACCGCCGUAUUACGCUCCGGAAGACUAAGGGUUUCCGCGCCUGGCUCACUCGCCUGUUCCGCGGCUCCUACUACGGCUGUGUCAUCUCCCCUGCUGGCUCUUACUACGGCUCCGACUAUGUCGCGGAGGUCGAGGAUAGACCUGUCGAGGGCCAGACCAACUUCCUGUCCGGCGGAGGCGCAGCAGACUUUACCGAGAAGCCUGAGACGGAGGAGGAGAAGCUCAACGCCAAGAUUGUCGAGGAGCUCGGCUUUGAUAUUAGCAUUGGAGGUCACACCAGCAGCGGCGCGACUACGGAUGCGCUUUCGAGCGAGGCUGCUCCCGCCUCAUAGAGUGCUGGAUGCUGGCUCGUUUGUCGUUCUUCUAUUGUUAACGUACUUCUUAAUACCCCCCUAACGUUCUGGAAUGAUUCCCAAUAGAUAUACACCUAUAAUAAUGAAUAGACGCAAUCCAUUGAAACUACCG